UUUUCCUUGAUUUUCCACUCUCACCAGUCACAUUCAAUGGCCGGCAAAACUUCUUCAUCUUUGAAACGCAAGAGGAAUAUUGCAGUAAAACCUGACCCGAAAAAAUUGGAUGUGUUGCCUUGGAACCCAUCUGUGCCCGACGAUGAUCCCUUUGCGCUGUUGGCCGGAUCUAAUGAGCUCGACGGCGGCUUUCUUUCCCUUGAAGAGAUUGAUGAAUCCGAGUAUGGUUUUGUGAUUCCUGAACCUGAAAAAGGAGGAGAAGAAGAAGUAGUAGAACCUGUUCAUCCCUCCAAAUCAAAGAAGCAGAAAUUUCAAGAUACUGAUGGCAGUUCUGUCCACGACUCUGAAGUUACUUCAGAGGAGAAAAUGGAGGAAGAGAAGAAGACAAAGAGGAAAAACAAGAAGAAGAAAAAGAAGCAGCAAAACAUAGCACCAGAUGCUGUUGAACCAGAGGCCUGUGCCAACAAAGAGAUUGAAGCAGAAUCAGUUGUUGAUGAAUCUGAGUUUUAUGCAUGGCAUGAGUUGAGGCUCCAUCCUAUGAUCAUGAAAUCAAUAUACAGGCUUGGAUUCAAGGAACCCACACCCAUACAAAAAUCUUGUAUUCCUGCUGCUGCACAUCAAGGCAAGGAUGUCAUUGGUGCUGCUGAGACGGGAUCUGGUAAAACACUUGCAUUUGGGCUGCCCAUCUUGCAACGUCUCCUCGAGGAGCGAGAGAAAGCUGCAAAAUCACUCUCAGAGAAAGGCAGUUUACUGGAGAAAGGUCCUCUUCGGGCUCUUAUUAUGACUCCUACAAGGGAGCUUGCCUUGCAGGUCACUGAUCAUCUCAAGGAAGUUACCAAAGUUAUCAAUGUCAGGGUGGUUCCCAUUGUUGGUGGGAUGUCAACAGAAAAGCAGGAGAGACUUCUGAAAGCAAGACCUGAGAUUGUUGUUGGAACUCCAGGAAGGCUAUGGGAGCUUAUGUCAGGAGGAGACAAACACCUUGUUGAGUUGCACUCUUUGUCUUUCUUUAUAUUGGAUGAGGCUGAUCGAAUGGUAGAGAGUGGACAUUUUCAUGAGUUGCAGUCUAUUAUUGACAUGCUGCCCAUGAGUAUUGGCUCUGUUGAAGGACAUAACCGAGCUACACAGAACUGUGUGACAGAUUCUAACGUCCAGAGAAAGAAAAGACAAACGCUCGUCUUUUCUGCAACUAUAUCUCUGUCAGCUGAUUUUCGGAAAAAGUUAAAGCAUAGAUCGCUCAAAUCGAAGCAUUUCACAAAUGAUGGUAUUAGUUCUAUAGAAACUCUUUCUGAGCGAGCAGGGAUGAGAGCUGAUGCUGCUAUUAUUGAUUUGACAAAUGCUUCAAUUGUGGCAAAUAAACUUGAAGAGUCAUUUAUUGAAUGCAAGGAAGAAGAUAAAGAUGCGUAUUUAUACUAUAUUUUGAGUGUUCAUGGACAAGGGCAAACAAUUGUUUUCUGUACAUCAAUUGCAGCUUUACGUCACAUUUCAUCCCUAUUACGCAUCCUUGGCGUCAGUGUUUGGACCCUACAUGCUCAAAUGCAACAACGAGCUAGAUUGAAGGCAGUUGAUCGUUUUCGUGGAAAUGAACAUGGUAUACUUGUUGCCACUGAUGUCGCAGCAAGAGGCCUUGAUAUUCCUGGUGUUCGAACUGUUGUUCACUAUCAGCUUCCACAUUCUGCAGAAGUUUAUGUUCAUAGAAGUGGAAGAACUGCUAGAGCUUCUGCUGACGGGUGCAGCAUUGCAUUAAUAUCACCAAGUGAUAGAUCAAAAUUUGCUUCUUUAUGCAGAUCAUUUUCAAAGGAAAGUCUUCAGCGGUUUCCUCUAGAUAGCUCUUACAUGCCCGAGGUUAUGAAACGAUUAUCCUUUGCACGUCAAAUAGACAAGAUUUUGCGGAAGGAUUCACAGGAUAAAGCAAAUAAAAGUUGGGUGGAACGAAGUGCUGAAUCAGUUGAGUUGAUUCUAGAGGACCAUAAUAGUGAGGAAGAAAGAGUCAACAACCAUAAGCAAACGAAAGUCAAAUCUAUUCAUCUGCAGAAGUUGCAGCAGGAGCUGAAAGAGCUGCUUUCAUGCCCUUUACAGCCAAAAACAUUUUCUCGACGCUUUCUGGCUGGGGCUGGUGUUUCUUCCCUUCUUCAACACCAAUUUGAAGAAUUGGCUAAGCAGAAAAUGGGUGAAAAUGGGAGCUGUGGGGAAAGCAAAAGAGGGAAACUCAUGGUCAUUGGUCAGGAUUGCGUGGAGCCACUUCAGGCACUUCGUAGUGCUGGGCAUGAGGCUGGUGUUUCUUCGCUUCUUCAACACCAAUUUGAAGAAUUGGCUGAGCAUAAAAUGGGUGAAAAUGGGAGUUGUGGGGAAAGUAAAAGAGGGAAACUCAUGGACAUUGGUCAGGAUUGCGUGGAGCCACUGCAGGCACUUCGUAGUGCUGGCCAUGAGGCACACACAGAUGUGAAAGAGAUGGCAGAGAAGCAAAGAAAGACAAAAAAGCUAAGCAAGGGAAAACAAGAAAGAAAACGUUUACACGAGAAGCGAAGAAAGGAGAGGAAGAGACUCAGAUGUAGCACUGAAUAGAUAGAUUGGUUCUACAGAUCCAUAGCAGGAAAAUUGAGAAAGUGGCAACAUGUUAUCCUUGUUAUCUGGAUUUUUUUUUUUAAUCUUAAGUUGUGCCAUUGGGAAAAAGUAUUUUAA